UGGUAACAAUGGAGCAGAAAAUGGCCGCCUGAGGAGGGGAGGGAGGGCGACGCUGUGGCUGCGUGGGGACGGACGGAGCUGGGCGAGCCGGGACCGAGCCCGCUGAGGAGCGGGGAGAGCGGUGGACCGAGAGCUGGGGAGGCGGCGGCGGGCGGCGGCGGCGGGCGGUACUCUUCCACUCUUCAAGAUGGAAAGCUCAGAUUCUAGUGAUAAAGGAAAUAUUGAUCAAUCAGAAGCACAACGUCAGAGUCAGCUAGAUCGGUUAGAUCGAGAAGAAGCUUUCUAUCAGUUUGUAAACAACCUGAGUGAAGAGGACUACAGGCUUAUGCGAGACAAUAAUUUGCUGGGAACACCAGGUGAAAUUACUGAAGAAGAGUUGCUGAGAAGGCUACACCAAGUUAAAGAAGGUCCGCCACAGCAAAACAGUGAUGAGAAUAGAGGUGCAGAGUCUGCAGAAGAUGUUUCAAAUGGAGAUUCUAUAAUAGACUGGCUUAAUUCAGUCCGACAGACUGGAAAUACAACACGAAGUGGGCAACGAGGAAACCAGUCUUGGAGAGCAGUGAGCCGGACUAACCCGAAUAGUGGUGACUUCAGAUUCAGUUUGGAAAUAAAUGUCAACCGUAAUAAUGGGAGCACAAAUCCAGAAACUGAGAAUGAGCCAUCUGUAGAGCCUUCCACCGGGGAGGAUUUGGAAAACAGCCAAAGUGACUCUGAAAUUCCAAGGUCUGAAUCACCAUCUGUAAGGCAGCCCGGAUCAGAAAGGAGCACUUCAGAGGAGCUAACAACUGAGGAAGCUUCCCCUCCUAGAGGGCAGAGGAGAGCGAGAAGUAGGAGUCCAGAACAGCGGAGAACGCGGGCUAGGACUGAUAGAAGUAGGUCACCUAUUAAUCCAGUGAGUGAGACUCCUCGCAGGUCUCAUCACAAUACAUCAUCUCAGACACUUGACCACUCCUCGGUGAAUGAAGCUGAGGGAAGCUCUAGAACUAGGCAGCAUGUGACAUUAAGGCAGCAUACAGUGGGGACUGAGAUGCCAAGUGAAAAUGCAGUUCUGUUUUCAACCCCCGAAACAAGACCUGUGCCUCAAGCAGCGGGCUCUUCAGAAACUAACGGCACCAGUGAGUCCGCAGCACCUGGGCAGAGGCCUCCCACCAUAGUGCUUGAUCUUCAGGUCAGAAGAGUUCGUCCGGGAGAAUAUCGGCAAAGAGACAGCAUAGCCAACAGAACUCGGUCCAGGUCCCAGACCCCUAACAACACCGUCACUUACGAAAGUGAACGGGGAGGGUUUAGGCGCACGUUUUCCCGUUCAGAACGGGCUGGAGUGAGAACUUACGUCAGUACCAUUAGAAUUCCUAUCCGUAGGAUCUUAAACACAGGCUUGAGUGAGACUACAUCAGUUGCUAUCCAGACUAUGCUAAGGCAGAUAAUGACAGGCUUCGGAGAGCUGAGUUACUUUAUGUAUAGUGAUAGCGAUGCAGAUCCUAGUGGCCCAACUCCAAAUCAGAACAUGGAUGCUCCUGAGCCACAGAACGGAGCUGGUGGUACUUCAAGCAAUGAAAGUGCAGAUGUUAGCUCAGGGGAGGUGUAUGAAGGCGGUAAUGAAGGUGGCUCAACAUCUGGUGCCAGACGGGAAGGUCGGAAUACGAGGGGCUCGGUCACAUUUGAAGAAAGCGGUUCUCUACCAUUCCUUAGCCUAGCACAAUUUUUCCUACUAAACGAAGAUGACGAUGACCAACCAAGAGGACUCACCAAAGAACAAAUUGACAACCUAGCGAUGAGGAAUUUUGGUGAGAGCGAUGCUCUGAAAACCUGUAGUGUGUGUAUUACCGAGUACACGGAAGGCAACAAGCUCCGUAAAUUGCCUUGUUCGCACGAGUAUCAUGUCCACUGCAUUGAUCGCUGGUUAUCAGAAAAUUCCACUUGUCCCAUUUGUCGCAGAGCAGUCUUAGCUUCUGGUAACAGAGAGAGUGUUGUCUAAAUGAGAUCUGAAUUUAUGGCCGAGCAGCUAGUGUGAUAGUGAUGGGCAAAGAAGUCACUUCCUUUAUGGCCACUUUUUGAGUGGUACCUCAAUGUAUAGUAAUGACUUGGAGUGAAUCUUCCCUCAUGAUACCAUUUUCUCUCGAUCUAAAACAGCAGAAGAUUUCUUUAAUUAGCGUUUUCAAGUUCUAGACAGUUUGGGUAUUAAAUUUCACUUGUCCAAAGACAUCUACCCGCUUAAAAAUAUUUUUUUCUUUGUGAAGAGUAUUAAGUUCUUUCCCCACCCAGGCCCUGCCAUCCCAGUCCAAUAAACAUUUUGUCCUCAAGAUUGUGCUUACGAGGAGUUCUUUGAGAAGUCGUCCCAGCUAAACGUACAUGAGUUGUAGAGGAAUUUUUGCAAGGAAUCCAACUAUCUGAAAAAAUAAUACGAACUGAAUUGCACACUUGAACAUAGUUUUAGUUUUCAUACUGGGUUAAUAUUGGACAUGGCUGUGUAAAUAACACUAAUGUUAGCCCUUUCCCCAUCACUAUGGCACGCUGUAGGAUGAGCUGUUAGCUUAAUUGGGAUAUUUAUCUUGUUGUGGAAAUAUAAGAAUUGCCUAUGCUUGUUUAAAUAAAAACAAAAAAAUUCUGUUUUAAAAUUGUAAAGCUUUUUUGUAGAAGCUCAGUACUUUUCCAAUGCACUGUUGUACUAACGCAUUAAGAAUUAAAAUUGUACCAUGCUUAGAAAUCAAGAAUGCUUUUCAUACAAAACCCACCACACAGAGAGCAAACGAAAUACAAGAGAGCUGCUUUUGUAACUGUGUACCUGUCAAGAGCAGUGCAUAUCUGUACUAUUUAUGUGAACAGCUACUGUAAUAUAAAAACAGUUGAAUUAGACAUCUUAAUUGCAUUAAAAAAAUGGAAAAUAAAUGUUAUAAUUGCAGUGUUUUGGCUUAGUAAUGCCACCAAAAAAGACGAUAAAAAUUAGAAACUGUUCUAACGGCUGGUUAUUUCUUGGUAUGGUUGCUAAUAUGUAAUAAUACAAACCGGUCUGUACCAGUUCAUUCAGUGAGGUUUCUGCCCAAUUUUUCUAUCAACUUUUGCUUUAAAUUUUUGAGGCAAGUCUGUGUAACUAUUCAGCAGACCAGUAUUGGCAGUUUGUUUGUGUUUUUGUUGUUUUUUUUUUUUUUUUUUUUUUUUUAAUUCCCCACCAGCUUUAACUAUAUUGGUAACCUCUGGAUCUGUUGAGUGAACAUGUUGGUAUAUUCAUGUUGGUAGCCUGUGACUCAAAUGCCACAGAAAAAUAACUUGUAUAUUAACUGGAAAACAGAUUAUUCGUGUGUUAGGUUAAAUUUUAAAAUUAUACUUGAUUAUGGGAAUACACUUAAAUGUGUAGCCGAUUCUAAGAAUAACAUUUAAAAAACCUGACAAACCCUUUAUACUCCUACUGGACAGAUUAAUUUACUUUUAAAAUUAGGUGCAUGGCAUAUUGAAAUUGAGAAUUGGAGAAUGUACCUCAACUCUCAUCAGUGUCAGGGGAAAACAUCCUUCACCCUCAAUAACCCAUUCUUUGUUUUAUUCUCUAAUGAUUUUUUUUAUUUUUUUUUUCCUAGCUUAUAUGUGCAACAGGGGAAGCAAUGUUUAUUUCGACUCCAGGGCAGUAGUUAUGAAGGGAUAUGAACUGCUCUUGGUGGCUAUAUGGGAAAUGUUGCUUGUUCCUCAGAUGACGAAACCGAAGCUGGCCUAUCUCUUUCUCCUAAUUAAAACACAUUUUUGGUGUUUUAUAGUGGUGGUUGCCUAAACAAUAGUCUCUGCUCUAAGCCAUUUUAACAUCUCAUCAGCUAGUUAAGGAUUCCACAGUGUCCCAAAAUUCCACAUUUCUUCUACAUGUGCGUUUUGCGGUGUGUGGUUCCGUGGGAAACCCCGACUGGCUGUUGAGCUUGCUUUCCUCCUGGUGGGACACGCCAUCGUGGCAGAGGGGCGACGUGUGUUCUCUUUAGACAGAAGAAUAAGUAAGCUAAUGUUUUUAAAUUUUGCCUUCUGACAGGCAUCACUGCAAAAUUGGAAGUUAGCUCUUAAUUUCAGGUGCUGGACUCUAUGCCAAAAUUUCCUCAACAAAAUAACACUUCUGAAUUUCUUCCAGUAGCAUUCACAUAGCAUAUACAUGCUAUCGCAUCGUGGUUUACGGUAGCUUCACUGACUUGCUGGAGUGUAGAAUUAGAAGGAAAAAAAAACCCUCUCCAUGUGAAUACCAUGUUAGAUUUUGAAAGUCUGAUGUACAUCUCUGAGGACUAAGGCUGGUGAUCAGAAAGAAAGGAGCCCACUAGUGCUAAUUAAUGUGAAGCACAGCUGUGGAACUGUCAUUCAACGUAGCUUUCUUUUUAAUGUUCUGAGUUUCCAGUAACUGUUCGCAUUGCUAGAAUCAACUUUACAGCUUUAUAAUAGUUUAAUAGUGGCAUGCCUUAACAUUUUAUCAUUCUGUAACAAUAGCGACUAAUAAAAUGUUGGAGGUUUCCCAGAUGGUAUCAAGAACAAAUAAUUUAACCUCAGUUCAGGAGACUUUGAAUGUUCUCAGUAUUUUAUAUGCCUUUUCCAACGCUAAAGGUGCCGGGGGUUCAUUGUCUGAUGUCUGGAGGAGUUGGCAGAAAUUAAAUUGCUGAUACAGCAAAGACCUUUUUAUGUAGCUGAGUCAUCUGUCAGCCACUGUGGUAAUUCAAUUUCUGUUCUUUUAAAGUUAGAUUGGAAUUGGGAAAGGCCAAUAUUAACACUUCAGUUGCUAACAAAAUAUGAAAGACACUAAUUAAGCAAGGUUCACAGUUAGAAUAAUUUACAGUUUAUGAAUCCUUUUGGUAUUGAGCAUUUGUACUUAGCACUUCCCUCAAUUUACACUUUCUUGGGAUUACAGGAGGGAUGCGGCCACUGGACUGGUGCUUGUAGCCAUAUGAAGGGUUAAAAUGGCCAGUUUUGUUAUUUUCAGAGGCUUGAUGGUGCAGAAAUGAUGAGUCUGAAGAGGCAGCCAGCCUUCCUGCAGCAGCUGCCUGGUUCACAGUGCCACCGUGUGGGAGCCUCUCGGCCGCCUUCAAAGCCGGGGUCACGGGCUCCUCGCUUGGAGCAGCAUGGUUUCUUUUGCAUUGAAGGCUGGUGCUUUAUUUUAUUUUUGAAGGAGGUUCCUUGUUAUUGCCUGCCUCGGUAGUUAUCACGGUGUUUUUUUCAAACUGCAAACCACCCAAGCUCCCCCUGUGAAUAUCUGUCUGGUGUGUGAGCUUAAUUCCUUUUUGACAGGACAGACCUGUACCCACAGGACCUCUCCACACAGCAAUUAAAGCAGUCACGAGGCCAAAACCUAGAAGAACGCACAGUAUUUUUUACUUAAAAGUGUGUUUGAUAGUUUAACUCCGAUUGUGAACCAACACAGAGUUCUGGGUGCUUGCAUUUUUUUUUUUCCUUUUUUAAUUGGGAUUUAUCUGUUAAAAGACUGUGAAGAGUUAUUCCUGGAGUUUGUUAGAUUUCCCUUUCACGUGCACUUUUUUAUUUCUUUGAACGAGUUGGGUUUUUUGCAAAGAACUUGUAGGCAGUUAAUUGACUUGGUUUUAAAAUGAUUUGAUUAGUUUAGGUACUGCAUGCCUAGAAAUUACUCAAUAAAAGUUUAAAGGCAUUUUGUAAGAAGUAUGGAUGUGCAGGCACAGCAGCUGCACUGACAUGAUACUGUACCGGUUUUGAAGGAGCCAUAAUUGUCCAUUGUGUCAACUUGCAAGCGAAUGGGUUUCCCACCAAAGUUGGCACAAUGGACCAUAAUGACUGUCAUUCCGGUUUCCUGUCACUUGUCUGGAUUAUGCAAAUGUGGAGAGUCCAAAGGACUGUUUCCCUGGUAUAUCUGCAGUCGAUGUUUAUCUAGACAUGGUUGCCUACCCAGCGAGGAGGUUCCCAGUGGUCUCACAAUAAUGAGGGUCUAGUGGGAAGAUGAGCAAAGCCGCCCAUCGGUCUCUUGACUUUUAGCAGUGCGAUGGGGGGGUUUCCGAAUCUCCCAGCGUGAUCAUCACCGUCACACCUCAGUACAAAGCUUCACCCUGUCGGCUUAGCUGCAGCCUUAGCUUUAAUUUGGGAUCCUUUUCAUUAAUGUGUACAUUCGUGUUAACUGUCCGAUGUCUCGGUUUUCUCACCGGUCAUCCUUGCUCCUACCGCGGGGGCUCGCGUGGCUUGAGUAAGGGUACGUAAGCGAGCGUGGGGCUGAGGCAGUCCGCAGCCGCGAUGGAAAUGUCUGCCUGCUCCUCUGCCUGCUCCCAGGAGGAGGUGCCUUGGAUGAGGGUUGGCUUGGAGCCACGGUAACAGAGUUUCUAACGAAUUCAGAAAUAUUUCCAACCCUUACAUACACUAGGUUUUUUGUUUGCUUAUCCUUGACUAGGGAGGGAAGAAGGAGGGUGAAGAGGGAAUCAAUGGUAACUUACCCAAAGUACAUAUAAGUUGUGUUGUGUUAAAAAAAAAAAGAAGUUUGAACCUGUUAUACCAGGGCUUCCCAACCUCUUUUUGAUAUGAGGUAUCUCUUUUUUUUUUUCUUCUUAUUCUUAUGGGGAAACAUACCAUUGAAUUUGUUUUGAUUGUUUUAUCUGGUUUUGCUCCCUUAAGCUAAAAUACCCGAGACCCCUUCCUGAAUUUCACUAUCUGCUAGAAAGGCUGCUGGUUGGGAAGCCCUGACUUCAACUGAGAAUGUAACAGUUUUCUUUUUUUUUCUCUUUUUUUUUUUUUUUUUUUUUUUUUUUUUUUUGUACAGUGCUUUACAUCUGUUUAUACGGGACUUGUUUAAUACAAAAUGGUACUCUGAGGUCAUUGGACAACAGUUUGACCAGAUUUGAUAGCUAACAUUUAGGAGGAGUUUGUUCCCUAUGUAAGAUGUCAUAAUGCAAAUUUAAAUAGACUCAAUAAAAUGCAUGAAGUGUU